ACUGCAGCCAAUCAGACACAUCCAGCCCCGUUGACCCUCCUUAAUCCURCAACAGCCAAGCUCYUCAAACUCACCAAAGAGACCCCUAAGCCCACUCUGAAAGCCUUAAGCCCAACCGAAGCCAAUCACAUUCUUCCAGCCCCUUCAACCCCCCUCAAGCCUCUCAGAGCCAGUGGUCCAAAGACCACCACCAAAGACAAACCCUCCCCCACACAGCCGCAUCCCAUCCCCAUCAAGGUGCUCAUCACUUCUGACUCUGGCUGCAUCAGCAAGGACACGCAGAGCAACGCUAGCAACCGCACCAAGGAGCAGACCCAGACCCAUGAGCUGAAGCUGAAGCCUGGCUUUCCUCUAACCCUGACCCACCGCAUCAGUCUGGUUCCUACCUCCUGCACCGGGGGAUGUGUGGCUGAGAUGGCAACACUGAAAGGACGCGUUGGCAGGCUGGAGAAAGAGAUGUCCCUCAUGAAGAGUAAAUGUGCUUCCUGCUCCAAAGGCCCAUGUCCCAAUGACUGCAGUGCGAAUGGUAAAUGUGAGAAGGGAACGUGUGUCUGCCUCCCAGGGUUCCUUGGUCUAGACUGCAGUAAAUGUACAGCUGGAGCUGACUGCAGUAAAAAAAGUACCAAAGACAAAAUCCAGAUAACGGUGGAGACGGUGGCGUUGAAGGUAUCACCUGAGAGCAAUGCUAUCACGGAGAGUAUGCAGGGGAAGAAGACCAAGGCAGACCAAAUCCUCUUCCAGAAGAAAACAGAGCAAAAGAAACCUACAGCCGCCAAAGAGGAUGGUGACAUCAAAAGCAAAACAAAAGUGACCACAAGUGUAAAAGCAGGCCUCACCAAGACACAAGCCAAACAAGGGGUUACUGUCACUAAAACCAAAAGUAAACUCUCCACCCAUUCCAAUGCUACCAAGAUUAGACUGGGCCGACCAACCGUCGGGCAGGUUCUGUUGAAACACCAUGGAGGAAGAAAGCAAGAGAGCAAAGGCAAAACGACAGUUAUAAGGAAGCAGUCUAAACCUGACCUGAAGUUGAAAGUAACAGRAAAGGAGGAAUCUGCAGCUAAAGCCAUUGCUGAAGCUAACAACKUCCAAGACCAACCUCAAGCCAAUGUCACCCAAAGCACUGUGAAGACGUUUGUGAACAAAACCCGGUCAGGAAAAGAGACUCUGGAGCAGUCGACGUUGGCUGAGAAGAAUGUGACUCUAACAUCUGGAAAGAAAACAGUCAAAAAGGUGAAAUUAGUUCAGGGGACUAUGAACGUUACAAAGGUGUCAUUGGCUUUUGAUAGCACUAAGGCUGGACGGGCAAGAUCACCCUUACAAAGGACAUUAAGACAGAGGCAGACAUCUCCUCAGGCACAUCUAAAACUACUGUGAAGACAGGGUCAGGCAAAGGAAGCCAGUCCCACGGAAGAGUCAGUAUGUGUGUAACAUGACCACUGUGGAGACCACCUCUGAAGUCAAAGUCCUCAGCAACAAGACAACAACUAUCCAGUCUUCCAAAAACACCACCAAGAAAGCAGGAACAGGAGUGCAGCGGACUUGGCCUUGUGAAGGUUCAAACAUCACCACGUACGGCUUCACCCUCACAUGGUCGGCCCCGACAGCCAUGUUAAGAAACUUCACUGUGUCCAGAAGAGAGCACAGGGCAGAGGGCGAGGAAGAUGAGGAGGAAGAGGCGGAGGAGGAAGCUGCUCUCGGAAGAGGACAGAGUAGCCCAGUCGUCAACACCACCAUUGAGAUCGAAAACAGAGCCCUAAGGAACCGUGGCUUUCCCCACUAAAGCUCCCGGUAGCUCCAGAGGUAAAGCUCACACAAAGAGGGUGUCCGUUGUUCUCCCCGGCAGCGUUCGCUCUGUGGAGUUCAGUAACCUGCGACCUCAGACCCGAUACUCCCUGCACAUAUUUGGCACCACUCCCGGAUCCCGCUCCAAGAUUCACAGAGUAACCACCAUGACAGGGCCUGAGCCACCCACCGAGCUGGUGUUUAGUAACGUGACAGAAGCCUCUCUUCUGUGUUCCUGUCCAAACCAAAGAACAAAAUCUCCGCUUCAAAAUCACAUACUCUCACUCAGUCACGGGAGAGAGUGGUUCCGUGUCUGU